AUGCUAGGAUGCGGCAAAACAUAUCGUGUGCACUUCAAGGUCCCUGGCGUCAAUCGUCAGUACAGUACCGUCAUUGUCCAUCUCAAAUCCGCCUGUACCGGUACAGCCAUGGCGACCUUUUCGCCUGCAGCAACGCUGGUGCUGACCAAUCGGUCGCUGUUCCGCCUCAUCAUGAGCUUCAUCGACGGCGUCCCGGGGCACAUCUUGGCGCUAGUCACCGACUUUCAGCGUGAUAAUCGCGGCGUCCCGUGGUCUGCGACUGGCGCUCUCCCACGCGCCGCCAUUCAGCGUGGAGACAUCGAAACGCUGCGUCACUUCCGCAGACUGUCGACCAUCAAAACGUUCCAGUCGCGACCCGAAUUGGCAUUCGACGCGGCUAUACGUUGCGCCAUUCAGUUUGGCCAGUUGGAGAUCGCCCAGUACCUUGCAGACACAGGGAUGCUGCUAGGAGACAGCAGUGCAGAGCAUUUAACUAGUAGAACAGUAGGUAGUACGUUGAUGGGGUGGGCGGUUCGCUACUCGGAAGCGCUAAAGUCCGAGAGAAAGCUGGAGAUUGUAGAGUGGGUGGUCAGUAUAUAUUCCAGAUCAGCGCUGAGAGACGUCAAGGCAGAAGAUUUGAGUCGAGCGGGGGUUCCUGUGUUGAGGUUUCUGAGCGAGCGAAGCCUGGCCACGAGUGGAUUUGAAGAUCCGAGACUGGUGGAUUUGGUGGCAACUAUGGGCAAGAUGGAGACGCUGAGGUUCUUGUUGGAGAGGGAGGAGGCAGGCAGACAAGGACAGAGAUGCACGUCCGAUGCGCUGGAUGGCGCCGCAGCGAAUGGACAUUCGGAGAUCGUGCAGUAUUUGCAUGAGCAGAGGACGGAAGGAUGCACAGUUGCAGCCAUGGAUGGCGCAGCUAGGAACGGGUUUAUGGGGGUAGUGCAGUUGCUGCAUACCCAACGGACCGAGGGGUGCACCGUUGCAGCAUUGGAUGGAGCUGCACGCAAUGGACACCUCGACAUGGUCAAGUUCUUGCAUAAUAAUCGGAGCGAAGGCUGUUCGACUGUGAAGGGUGCACGACGAAUGCGAUGA